AUGUGACCUUCUUGCCUACUCCAGCUCUGACCUACCGCACCGUCGGAGGCAUUCUGGACUUCUACAUGGUGAUGGGACCCACUCCAGAAGCUGUGGUUCAGCAGUACACUGAGAUGAUCGGCCGCCCGGUUCUUCCAGCCUAUUGGUCGCUUGGAUUCCAGCUUUGUCGUUACGGCUACUCCAACGAUGCAGAGAUCGCAGAUCUUUACAGAGACAUGAAAGCUGCUAAAAUUCCUUAUGAUGUUCAAUAUGCAGACAUUGACUAUAUGGAGAGGCAGAUGGACUUUACGCUGGACAAAGUGAACUUCAAGGGACUGCCUGCUCUGGUGGACAACAUGAGGGCUGAGGGGAUGCGCUUCAUCUUCAUCUUGGACCCGGCUAUAGCAGCCAAUGAGACAAAAGGCUCCUACCCUGCAUUUGAUACUGGGGUUGAAAAAGACAUUUUCAUCAAAUGGCCUCCCGAGCUCAGCAAUGACAUUGUGUGGGGAAAGGUGUGGCCUGAUUAUCCCAAUAUUACUGUGGACAAUUCUUUGGACUGGGAUACUCAAGUAGAGCUAUUCAGAGCUUUUGUGGCGUUCCCUGAUUUCUUCAAGAGCAGUACAGCAGAAUGGUGGGCACAGCAGAUUAAAGACUUUUACAACAACGUCAUGAAGUUUGACGGACUUUGGAUCGACAUGAAUGAGCCGGCCAGUUUCGUGCAUGGCACCGUCGGAGAGAAAUGCCUAGGGGAUCCCGCCUUGGAAAACCCUCCAUACAUGCCCCCUCUGGAGUCCAUGCACAGAGGCCUGAACCAUAAAACUUUAUGCAUGAACAGCGAGCAGAUCCUGGCUGAUGGCACACGCGUCAAGCAUUAUGAUGUCCACAACUUAUAUGGCUGGUCUCACACGAAACCUACUUAUGAUGCUUUGCUUAGUGCCACUGAAAAGAGAGGUGUCGUAGUUACCCGUUCAACAUAUCCGUCUAGUGGUCGCUGGGCAGGACAUUGGUUGGGAGACAACUACUCCGCCUGGGACCAGCUUCUCAAGUCCAUCAUAGGCAUGAUGGAGUUCAGCAUAUUUGGCAUCCCUUACACCGGUGCUGAUAUCUGUGGCUUCUUUAACCCUGCCCAAUACGAGAUGUGCCUGCGUUGGAUGCAGCUUGGAGCUUUCUACCCGUUCUCCAGAAACCACAACACCAUAAACAUGCCAAGGCAGGAUCCCGUGGCCUGGGGACCGGAGUUUGCUGCUAUCUCUCGUGAUGUGCUGAAUAUUCGCUACACCCUCCUGCCGUAUUUGAACACACUGAUGUACGAAGCUCACGCUCACGGAAACACUGUGGUCAGACCUCUGCUUCAUGAGUUUGUGACAGAUGAAAACACAUGGAGCAUCGACAGGCAGUUCCUCUGGGGUCCCGCGCUUCUCAUCACAGCUGCUUUAGACCCGGGCGUGAGUGUGGUCAGGGGCUACGUGCCAAACGCCCGCUGGUACGACUACCACACGGGUGAAGUUGUUGGAGUGCGAGGACAGUUCAUGAAUAUGGAUACACCGUUAUCGAAAAUUAACCUGCAUGUGAGAGGAGGCCACAUCCUGCCCUGGCAGAAACCAGAGAACAACACACACUACAGUCGUCUGAAUCCUCUGGGUCUUCUUGUUGCUCUUGAUGAUGGAGGUUCAGCACAUGGAUCCUUGUUCUGGGAUGACGGAGAGGGAAUUGAUACUGUUCAGAACAAGCGUUUCCUCUUGACGUCUUUCUCUGUGUCUUCGGGUGUUCUUACCAGCGCAGUUCUCACAGAUGGUCUGGCCGAGGCCGACAGGUUGACCCUGGGUGUCGUGAAGGUGUGGGGUGUGUCAGCGCCCGUCACUCAAGUUAUCAUGAAAGUGACUGGAAAGCCCGAUGCCAAAUUGGAAUUCACGUAUAACGCUGAGGUUCAGGAGCUGCAGUUUGAUGCAACAUCACAGUCUCACACCAUCGAGAAGCCUUUCACCAUCACCUGGAGCUCAGCUUAGACUUGGACAAAUCUAUGGAGACAGGCUUAAACAGAGUAAUUAUGUACUGAUUAUUUAUGUUUAUUUACCAAUGAUCAGUCAACUAGUAAUUCGUUUAGCUGCAAUAAAACUGCAAUAAAGUGAUUUAAACCCCAUUAAGGCUGUGACUGAUUGG